GAGUGGGCACCAUGUGGUUGGAGAAGAGGCUACAGUCUGCUGUUUAUGAGGUGGUGACAGUGACAGGAGAUGUCCGGGGAGCAGGAACCGAUGCCAACGUCUUUGUCACUCUCUUUGGAGAGCAUGGGAUCACUCCCAAGACUCAUCUCACCAGCAAGAGCAGCACGGCCUUUGAGAGGAGCAAAACAGAUGUGUUCCGAGUGAAAACCAAUAAUGUCGGACAAAUAAAGAAAAUAAGGAUUGAGCAUGACAACACUGGACUGAAUGCGGGAUGGUUCCUCGACCGUGUGAUCGUGACCGACAUGAACAGACCUCACCUCCGGUUUUACUUCCCCUGUAACAACUGGCUAAGCAAGGAGGAUGGGGAUGGGCUGUAUGUCAGAGACCUCAUUGGCAGCCUGAAUCCCAUGGAUGUGCCCAAAAUCAACAAAUACGUGGUCCGGGUUUUUACUGGUGACCUCAGCGGCAGUGGAACAGAUGCAGAUGUCUUCAUUAAUAUCUUCGGUGAGAAAGGAGACACAGGUGUGAGGAAACUGGACAAUGACAAAGACAACUUUGAAAAAGGAGCAGAAGACAAGUUCACGCUCGAUGCUCCAAAUCUGGGAAAAUUAAGAAAAAUUAAUAUCGGGCAUAAUAACAAGGGUGGCUCUGCUGGCUGGUUCCUUGCAAAGGUGAUCAUUGAGGACAUUGGCAAUAAAUGUGUGUACCAAUUCCCAGUUGGACGCUGGUUUGCUUUAGACGAAGAUGAUGGGAAAAUACAGAGGGACAUUCUAGUUGGGGGCACUGAAGCCACAGGCAUUGUGUACAAUGUGGCUGUAGUGACUGGGGAUAUCAGAGGAGCUGGCACCAACUCCAAGAUCCACGUAAUCCUCCACGGCUCCAAAGGCUUAAAGAACAGUGGGAAGAUUUUCUUGGAAGGAGGUGAAUUUGAGCGUGCCAGGACGGAUCUCUUCAACGUGGAGAUAGCUGCCCUUCUCAGCCCUCUCAGCAGAGUCACCAUUGGGCAUGAUAAUUGUGGUGUCAGCUCUGGCUGGUUUUGUGAGAAGGUGGUGGUUUAUUGCCCAUUCACUGGGAUUGAGCAAACUUUCCCAUGUGGGAAGUGGCUGGAUGAAGAUGAAGGGGAUGGUCUCAUAGAGCGGGAACUCUACGAAAUGGUUUCCCUGCGCCAGAAAAGGCUGAAAAAAAACCCUUGGUCUCUGUGGAUCUGGACAAGUGACAUUAAAAAUGCAGGAACAGAUGCCACCAUCUUCUUCCAGGUUUAUGGAGAUAAAGGAAAGUCAGAUGAGAUGAAGCUAGACAACAAUUCAGACAACUUUGAAACAGGACAGACUGACAAAUUCAUGAUAGAGCUUCCUGAUCUUGGCAACUUUUAUAAGCUUCGGAUAUGGCACGAGAAAAGAAACCCCUUUGCUGGCUGGCAUCUGAAUAAGGUAACUCUGCUGAAAACGCUGACAAAAGAAAAAUACUCAUUCAACUGUGGCCGUUGGCUAGAUAUAAAUGAAGAGGACAAUGAGAUUGUGCGGGAGCUCCCUGCCGAGGGACAUCUGGUGACUGAAGUCAUGCCAGUGAUCAAAUACCGCGUGACAGUGUGCACGGGCACAGUGAGUGGCAGCGGCACGGAUGCCAACGUCUUUGUCUGCCUCAUCGGUGACCAGGGGGACACGGGAGAGCGUGUCCUCUACAACUGCAUCAACACGGUCAAUAAAUUUGAAAAGGGCAACGCUGACGAAUUCUUCAUUGAAGCAGUAACGCUGAAGCAGGUGAGGAGGGUGAGGAUAGGGCAUGAUGGCAAAGGAGGAAGCAGUGGCUGGUACCUUGCCAAAGUGAUAGUGAGGGAAGAAGGACAGCCAGAAAGUGAGGCUGUGGAAUUCCCCUGCUACAGAUGGCUUGACAAAAAUGAGGACGAUGGUCAGAUUGUCCGAGAAUUAGUGCCUGCUGGAGAGUCACCAUUGCUAAAAAAUGUCAGUUAUCACAUCAGUGUGAAGACAGGAGAUAUCCCCGGUGCCAGCUCAGAUUCCAAGGUUUUCAUCAAACUCUAUGGUGAAAAAGCAGACUCCAGCAAAGAGUUUCUCUUAGUCUCUGAUAAUGAUCUAGGCAAUUAUUUUGAACGUGGCCGAGUGGAUGAGUUUACUCUAGAUAUGAUGGAUAUUGGAAAGAUCAACAGAAUACUGAUUGGGCAUGAUAAUGUGGGUCUGCGGUCCGGCUGGUUCCUGGCCAGUGUCCAAAUCACAGUUCCAGUCCAGGGAAGGCAGUACAUGUUCCCCUGCAACCGAUGGCUUGACAAGGAUGAGGCUGAUGGCAGGGUGGAGGUGGAGGUCUACCCAAGUGAGAUUUUGCCUAUUGAGAAAUUGAUAAACUAUGAGGUGUCUGUAGUUACUGGAGACGUGCGAGCCGCAGGCACCAACGCCAAAGUCUUCAUGCAGAUUUAUGGUGAGACUGGCAAAACAGAAUUGAUCAUCUUAGAAAACAGAUCCAACAACUUUGAAAGGGGAGCCACAGAUAUCUUCAAGAGAGAGGCUGCAGAUGUUGGCAAGAUUUAUAAGAUUCGGAUAGGCCAUGAUGGGACAGGCAUUGGGGAUGGCUGGUUCCUGGAAAGCAUCACACUGAAGCGCCUGGCUACAAAAACAGAGGGGUCUGAUAAAAAGAAGAAGAAGAAAAAGAAGUCUGAUGAGGAGGAAGAGGAGGAGACCAAGGAGGAAGAAGGAAUGGAUGUCUAUACGUUUGUGGCACACCGCUGGCUGGCUAAGGACGAAGGGGAUAAGGAGCUCGUGGUGGAGCUGGUGCCUGACGGAGAAUCUGACUUGGAGGAAAAUACAUAUGAAGUCCAUGUCCUCACUGGGACUGUGUGGGGGGCUGGGACAGAUGCUAAUGUCUUCCUGAGCAUCUAUGGCAUGGAAAGAGGAGACACGGGUGAGCGCCAGCUGAAAAGGUCAAAUAAUCUCAACAAGUUUGAGAAAGGACAGGUAGACGUGUUCACCAUCAAAGCCAUUGACCUGGGUGAGCUGAAGAAGCUGCGGAUCCGCCACGAUAACUCUGGUGCUAGCCCCAGCUGGUUCCUGGAGAGGGUAGAGAUUAUUGACCUCAAAGAGAGCACCACGUAUUACUUUCCAUGCCAGCGGUGGUUGGCAGUCGAAGAAGAUGAUGGUCAGAUUGCCAGGGAGCUGGUCCCAGUGGAUGAAGCAUUUGUAAAGAAAGAUUCAGAAAAUGAUAGCCAGUCUCCUGCAACUUUGGGUCUGGAGCAGAAAGCUAAAUCAACAACAUACACAGUGAAAGUGAAAACGGGGGACAAGAAGAAUGCUGGGACAGAUGCCAACGUUUUCAUCAUACUCUAUGGAAGUAAAGAUGAUACAGGGAUAGUCAGCCUAAAGGCCUCAAAGAUUAACAAGAACAAAUUUGAGCGUGGGAAGGUAGAUGAGUUUACAGUGGAGUCUGUGGACAUUGGAGACUUGAAAAAAAUCAAGAUAGGCCAUGACAAUAAAGGUAAUUCAACUGGCUGGUUUCUGGAAUGGGUGGAGAUUGAUGCCCCAUCCGUGGGACAGUGUCUCAAGUUUCCUUGCGGCCGCUGGCUGGAUAAAUCGGAGGAUGAUGGAGCUGUUGAGAGAAUUAUAUUCCCUGCAGAACUGCAGACAAUAGAGUACAUCCCAUUUGUUCCUUACGAGAUCACAGUGUACACCAGUGAUAUUUUUGGAGCUGGUACAGAUGCAGAUGUCUUCAUUGUUCUCUAUGGAAGUGAUGGGAUUUGCACUCAGCAAAAAUCCCUGUGCCUCAACAAGAGAGAGCAAAGGAUGUAUUUUGAAAGGAAUUCAGUGAAUCAAUUCAUCGUGGAGCUGGAGGACGUUGGUGACAUUAUUGAAAAGAUUCGCAUAGGACAUAAGGGCGGAGGUCUGAACUCAGGGUGGCACUUGGACCGUGUGACAAUUCGGAGGCUGCUGCCAAAUGGGAAGGGCUCAGAAACUGUCACAUUUCCAUGUGAAAGAUGGCUUGCAAAAUCUGAAGACGAUGGUGAGACUGUCAGAGAACUGGUGCCAUCUGAUAUUUUUACUGAAAAGCUCAUGAAGGAUGGGACACUCAAGCAGAUAGAGGAAGAAGUUGAAGACCCUUUAGAAGUUCACACGUACAAGAUCAGCGUGUUCACUGGGGAUAUCUACGGUGCUGGGACAGAUGCUAAUGUCUUCCUAAAUAUCUAUGGAGACCUGGGGGACAUGGGAGAGAGAAAACUCAGCAAGUCAGAAACAAACUUCAACAAGUUUGAAAGGGGACAGGAGGAUAUGUUCACAAUACAGGCUGUGGACCUUGGAAUUUUAUACAAGAUCAAGAUUCGCCAUGACAAUAGUAUGUUCAGUCCUGACUGGUUUCUGGAAAAAGUGGAGAUCCUGGAUGAAACAACAGAGGAGUCAUUCGUUUUCCUGUGUGAGCGCUGGCUCUCUAAAAAGAAAGAGGACAAAAAGAUAGAGCGGACACUUUAUGAGCAGAGCUAUGACGGCGAGCGGAACAGCCUGGAUGGCUCCUCUCUCAGUGUGUCCAGCCAGGACAGCAAUGCCAACCUGAAGGAGCCCAAAAAAUCCAGCUUGGUCAAGGCGGCAGAGGAAGGCUCACUGAUCCCAUACCACAUCACCAUCACGACCGGCACAGAGUACGACUCCAGCACCGACAGCCGUGUGUUCAUCAUCAUUAUGGGCCCGCAGACAGUGCAGACUGAGAGGCUGUGGCUGGAUCUCCCAGAAGGAAAGGAUGAAUUUGCAGAUGGCUCUGUGGAGAAAUUUUCAGUUUGGGGCCUAGAUGUUGGAGAGAUUAAAAAAGUGGAGAUCCUCUAUGAAGUCACGGUUGUGACUGGAGACAUCGAAAGUGGUGGUACUGAUGCCAAUAUUUUCAUGACUGUCUUCGGAUCCAAUGGGAACACUGAGGAGAUGCUGCUGGAAAAAAAUGGAGACAGGUUUGAGCGGGGCCAGGAGGACAGUUUCAUUAUGGAGAUUGCUGACAUCGCACCCCUCAGGAAGAUGAGGAUCCGGACGGACGGGAAGGGGACACGCCCGCACUGGUUCAUGGAAAGGAUCACCCUGAAGAACCUUACUAACCAAGAAGUGGCCACAUUUACCUAUGGGGAUUGGCUAUCCAAGCUGAAAAAUGCCACAGGAAGCCUGGUGUGUGAGAUGCCAGCUGUUGUAAACGACGAGCAGAUGAUGGAGGACACCACAUACACUCUUCAGGUUAAAACCAGUGACAUUGGAGGAGCAGGCACUGAUGCCAACGUGUCCUUGAUCCUGUUUGGUGAAUAUGGGGACAGCGGCACCCUGCCUCUGAAGGAGUCCAACAAGUCUAACAAGUUUGAAAGGAACCAGAUGGAUGAAUUCAGCUUCUCUGAAAUGCUGAGCCUGGGAGACCUCUGCAAAGUGCGCAUCUGGCAUGACAACAAAGGAAUUGCCCCAGGCUGGCACCUGGAAUAUAUUGAUGUGAUAGACUCUGCCAUGGACAAGACAUUUCGCUUCCAGUGUGAUCGCUGGCUGGCUAAAGGUGAAGACGAUGGGCAGCUCAUCAGGGAGCUGGCCUGUGCCAAUAAUGACAUCCUGGAACUGAAGGAACGGACUGCCUAUGAGAUUGUCACAGUAACCAGUGACAGAGAGGAUGCAGAUACAAAGGAAAACAUCUGGAUCAUCCUGGAAGGGAAGAUGGGCCGCUCAAAGGAAUUCCUCAUGGAAAACUCUUCCAAGAAAAGGAGAUUUGAAAGGGGAGCAACUGACACAUUCCAGUUUUCUUCAAAGAACGUUGGUGAUAUUGCAGCCAUUUGUGUUGGUCACUGCCCAAAAGAUGGGAAGAAGUCAUCUGCAAAAGCUGAUUUCUUCUGGCAUGUCCAGGAGAUUAUCGUGACAGAGAUGGAGCUUUGCAACAAGUACUUCUUCAGGUGCAACACGAAAAUCCCUCUGCGAUACAAGCGGCGAGACUACAAAGUCUUCGAGUGUGCCAAGGUCACAGAGAGCUUUGCCAGCAAAGCCCGGAGCUUGGUGCCAGUCAAAUAUGAGACCAUUGUGGUCACAGGCUUCGAGAAGGGUGCAGGCACCGAUGCCAAUGUGUUCAUCACCAUCUACGGCCUGAACGGGGACUCAGGGAGGCGUGCGCUGAAGCAGAAGUUCAGGAACCUCUUUGAGCGAGGCAAAACCAACAGGUUUUACCUGGAAACGCUGGACAUGGGAGAGCUGAAAAAGGUCCGGAUUGAGCACGACAACAGCGGCCUGGCUGCGGGCUGGCUGGUGGAGCGGGUGGAGAUCACCAAUUCGGCCACUGGUGUCACCACCGUAUUUCCCUGUGGGAAGUGGCUGGAUGAAAACCGAGGGGAUGGGUUAAUCUGUAGGGACCUUUUUCCUAGGUACUGAGGAGGACACAGCUGCAGGAGGGUUUUGGUCCCUUCAGUAUGCAUACUUUUUUCCUCAUUAUA